AUGCUGGUCAUGAAGAAUCCAGCCAAGUUGGUUAUUCUCGUAAGAAGAAGUUUGCGCUUCCGUGCUCAUCGGAGGAAAUACUCACAUAUUUCUCAUUUACAGCGUUUUUCAACUGACAGUAGUGAGCACCCAGUCACCGUUCCGAAAGCAGCAGCUGAAAAGUAUCAACGGUUAACUCCAUUAAAGCACAUACUUUAUCGGCCAGAUAGCUACAUUGGUUCUGCAUUUUUAUCUGAUGAACAACCAGUGUUUAUUUAUGAUCCGGUAGAGAAGCGAAUAUUCAGAAAAGACGUGCGAAUUGUUCCGGGCUUGCUAAAAAUUUUCGAUGAAAUUUUAGUCAAUGCAGCUGAUAAUAAAAGGCGUGAUCCCCGUAUGACAACUAUUGCUGUCCAUAUUAAUAGAGAAAAGAAUAGAAUAUCAGUGUGGAAUGACGGGUGUGGUAUACCGAUAGAAGUUCAUCCAACAGAAGCGAUCUACAUUCCUUCCUUAAUUUUUGGUACUCUGUUUACGUCAUCAAAUUAUGAUGAUUCUGAGUUGAAAGUAGUCGGUGGAAGAAAUGGAUUUGGUGCGAAGCUGUGUAACAUUUUCAGCAAAGAAUUUAUUGUUGAAACUUGUAACAAACAAUCUGGAUUGCGUUUUUUUCAACGCUGGCAAAAUAACAUGAAUGAUGUAGAUGAUCCAAUUAUCGUUAAUAUUGGUGCGGAAGCCCUUGAUUACACAUGUAUUACUUUUGAACCGGACCUUAGUAAAUUUAGUUUAUCAACAUUGGACGAAAAUACAGUAGAUGUAAUGAAGCGGAGAACAGUUGAUAUUGCCGGUACUCUUGAUGAUGUUCGUGUUUUUCUAAACGGAUCAAGGAUCGAGGUUUCAGGGUUCGAAAGUUAUGUGAAGUUAUUCUCGACAGUUCCUCAAGAUAAUUUCGCAAAUUCUAAUAUUUUUUUCUAUUGCGCUGCCAAUAAUCGAUGGCAGAUUGCAGUAGCCCGAAGUGAUAUUGGGUAUCAGCAAAUUAGUUUUGUAAAUAAUAUUAGUACUUUAAAGGGUGGACGGCAUGUAGACUAUAUCGUGAAUCAGAUAGUAAUGCGGUUAAAACAAGAAGUGGAACAGCGUUGCGGUGCUGAAAAAAGCAUUAGUGCACAUCAGAUCAAAAGUCAUCUGCAAGUAUUUGUGAAUUCGUUAAUAGAGAAUCCAGCUUUUGAAUCUCAAUCAAAAGAAUAUCUUACAACGACGGUGAAGAACUUUGGCUCAACAUGUAUUAUACAAGAAUCCUUUUACGAAAAUUUUAUGUCCAAGACUGACCUCAUUAGUUUUUUACUGAACGAUAUUAGUCGACAACAUGCGGCCUCAAUCAAUCGUUCUUUGCAACGAAAUUUAUGGGAUUUGCCUAAACUGGAAGAUGCAUCUGAUGCAGGCACGGCAAAUAGUCAUAACUGUACUUUGAUUGUAACUGAAGGAGAUUCUGCAAAGGCGCUUGCUGUUGCAGGUCUUGCUGUGGUUGGACGGAAACAAUACGGUGUAUUUCCAAUCCGUGGGAAGUUAACAAAUGUUCGAGGAGUGGAUGCCGAAAUAGCAGUCCAAAAUGCUGAAAUUUCGGCUCUGAUACGAGUGCUGGGAUUGAAGUUUGGUGAGGAUUACAGUGUGGAGAAAAAAUUCAAAACUUUACGCUAUGGACGGUUACUUAUUAUGACUGAUCAGGAUCCUGAUGGGUCUCACAUCAAGGGAUUGAUAGUAAAUUUUCUUCAUAAUUACUGGCCAUCACUACUAAGUGCUAAUUUUGUCAAUUAUUUCGUCACACCACUGUUAAAGGUGAAACGUGGAUCGGAUAUCAAAUCAUUUUAUAAUGUAGCAGAGUAUGAAAAAUGGCGGGCUUCAAACCCUAAUUCAUCAAAAUAUUCAACAAAAUAUUAUAAAGGUUUGGGAACAUCAUCAGCUGAAGAAGCACGAGAAUACUUUGCUAAUAUUGAACGACAUACUGUGCGGUUUAUUUAUGAUGGUGAAGCGUCAGACAAAAGCAUUAGUCUUGCUUUUGCAAAAGAUAAAGCUGAUAGUCGCAAAGAGUGGGUAGCAGAAAGUAGUGAGUUUAAAUCACCGUAUGGAAUCGGUUCAAGCUUGAACCAGCAAACAUUUUCGGACUUUGUUAAUGGAGAAUUAAGAGAAUAUUCCCAAUUAGAUUUAAGGCGUUCUCUUCCGAACUUAGUAGAUGGUCUGAAACCCAGUCAGCGGAAAAUUUUGUUUACUAUGUUUGGACGUUAUGAGCGAGGCGAAGUACGUGUGAGCCAGUUAGCUGGUGCUGUCUCGCAGUACUCUGCAUAUCAUCAUGGAGAAGAAUCACUUGUGAAUACAAUCGUUCGUUUAGCUCAAAAUUUUGUUGGUUCAAAUAAUUUAAAUUUGCUUUUACCUAUUGGUCAGUUUGGCACACGUUUAGCUGGUGGAGAAGAUGCAGCAAAGGCACGAUACAUUUACACUGCAUUAAGUCCAGUAGCGCGAGCACUUUUUCCACGUCCAGAUGAUAAUGUGUUGAAAUAUUUGGUUGAGGAAAAUACAUCAAUCGAGCCUGAGUAUUGCCCUGUAGUUCCACUUAUUUUGAUAAAUGGUACGGAAGGAAUUGGCACUGGAUGGGCUACAAAAAUAUUGCCUCGAUGUCCAAGACAAGUUAUUAAUAACACUCAGAGACUGAUCGAUGGCCUGCCACUUCAGAAAAUGGCUGAAAUAACAGAGCUUCCCUCUGGAGUUUGGAACAAUAAAUACAAGGAAAGAGUUCUCGACUCUGUCAUCAAAAAUGGUUUAAUAAAGAAUUAUGAGGAACUACAUACCGAAAGCAAUGUUAAUUUCAUCCUUCAUAUUACUGACCAGUCAUUAAUGAGCGACGUGAAACUGAUUAAAAAAUUGACUCGUUUACUCAAAUUGGAGUCAGUCACAAGCGAAAAUUUUAUGGUUUUGUUUGAUGAGAAAAAUGUACUACGAAAAUAUGACUCUUCGGAAGAUAUAUUUCAUGCAUUUUUCGAGGUUCGGAAGCAGAAAUAUCAAGAAAGGAGAGACCACGAGAUAAAAGUUGUGAGCGAAAAGCUGAAGUUUUCUGAUAACCAGGUUCGAUUUGUGAGUGCUGUCAUGAAUCGGGAAAUUAUUAUUGAAAAGAAAAGCCGCAUGGAAAUUAUUGCUCAGCUAAUUCAAAAGAAUUUUGAUUCGAAUCCCAUAAAAAGAAAAUCUAGCAAGAAUGGCAGCAGUGCGCCAGACUUUUCUUAUUUGCUUGAUAUACCGUUAUUUCGACUAAGCAGCGAAGAAUUUUUGAUUUUAAAUGAUAAGAAUAAUGAUCUGUUAAAACAGUUUGAAAGACUGAACUCAUCAACAUGGAAAAGUUUGUGGAGUGAGGACUUGAAUGUAUUAUCAAUGGUUUGUUAUCAUUAAUU